AUGCGAUUAAAAUCACCAUCUCAGCUCUAUCUAGCUUUCCUGAUCUCGUUGUCGGCGUCUACUGCUGUAGCACAGAGCAACUAUUCUGACUCCCAUGUUGUAUCUCCACUCUACAGUGCCUUUGAUAAGCGCCCAGACGAUUGUCCACCAUGCUUCAACUGUCAAUUAGAUGCUUUUCAGUGUGCUCAAUUUUCUUCCUGCGAUAACCUGUCGGGGAAAUGCGUGUGCCCCCCUGGGUUUGCUGGUGAGGAUUGCUCGAAGCCGACGUGUGGAUCGUUGGCCGACGGCCACGAGAGGACCCCCCGGACAGACAAAUACUGCAAUUGCAAAGAUGGCUGGGGUGGAGUUAACUGCAACGUUUGUCAGAGGGAUGAUGUUUGCAACGCCAUGAUGCCUGAAGGUGAAGGGGGCGUCUGUUAUACGCAAGGUGUCACCGUCAAGGAAAACUUCCAGAUGUGCGAUGUGACUAAUCGCAAAAUCCUCGAUCAACUCAAGGAGAAGAAGCCUCAGGUGACGUUCUCCUGUAAGGUGGAGGAUAAUACCUGUAAUUUCCAGUUUUGGGUAGACCAGAUGGAAUCAUUUUAUUGCGGUUUGGACACCUGUGAAUGGGGACUGGAAACCACACACGAUCGAAACAAGACUCAUUAUCGAUGCGACAAUAUCAAAUGCAAGUGCAUUCCGGGUCGAAUGCUAUGUGGUGAAGAGGGCUCGAUUGAUAUCGGAGAUUUUCUCGACCAGUCCAUCCAAGGUCCUGCUUCUUUCACGUCAGUAUCUACCGUUGGCGGUAGUGUGGAAGAUGGCAGCAAAUUCCAGGAACCGGCCAUGGAUAACCUGAUCAAGAGCGUGUUCGGGGACGAAAGUAUCUCUCUUAAGUGCCAUUCCGGGGAAUGCUUAUACAAAACAGAUGUUCCUGGAUACACACGUCCUGUGAAACAAAUAAACACACCUCUUAUCGCCGGUGUAAUUGCUGGAUGUGCACUCUUUGUCGUGGCGGUGAUUCUGACCGUGUGGUAUCUGUCGCGCAGAUCGUAUCGGGGUCGUAUUCAGUUGCCUCUCUCCGAUGACUCUGACGAUGAAGCUGCCAAGCUCUUGGCAGACCACAAGCCGGCAGCCUUGUAUUGGGAUAACGUGUCUUAUUACUUGAACGGAAAGGAAAUCCUAUCUGGGAUUCAGGGUGUCUCAGAGCCGGGUCAGAUAACAGCCAUUAUGGGCGCUUCAGGUGCGGGGAAAACAACAUUCCUAGAUAUCCUUGCCCGAAAGAACAAGCGGGGUGCCGUCCGCGGUGACUUCUAUGUCAACGGCGAAAAGGUGAAUGAUCAUAAUUUUAGAAGCAUGAUAGGCUUUGUUGAUCAGGAAGACACUAUGCUUCCUACCUUGACUGUACAUGAGACCAUCCUGACGAGCGCGCUAUUACGACUUCCCCGGGACAUGAGCCGAGCCUCUAAAGAACAGCGAGUAUUUGAGGUUGAAAAGCAGCUUGGGAUCUAUCAUAUCAGGGACCAGUUAAUCGGGUCAGAGGAGGGCAAAGGCCGGGGUAUCUCUGGUGGCGAGAAACGCCGAGUAGGAAUUGCCUGCGAACUAGUCACUAGCCCUAGCAUUCUCUUCUUGGACGAGCCUACUAGCGGAUUGGACGCCUUUAACGCUUUUAACGUAGUAGAGUGCUUGGUGACCCUAGCGAAGACCUACAACCGGACGGUCAUCUUCACUAUCCAUCAGCCACGAUCCAACAUCGUCGCUUUAUUCGACCGGCUUGUUCUCCUAGCACAGGGAAAGACUGUAUACUCGGGCCUCUUUUCGACAUGCCAGCAGUACUUUGACAACUCCGGAUAUUCUUGCCCUCCUGGAUUCAAUAUCGCGGACUACCUCGUGGAUCUUACGAUGCACGCCAGCGUUACCCGGUCUCAUAGUGGUGAAGUCGUAUCUCCUCUGUUAGAUGUGCGUUCCGAUCCACCUAGGACUGCAUCUAGCAGCUUGCGGGCCGUCAAGUCAGUUGCUAGUGCGUCAAACGCGAGUAUCGAGGACAACUCUAGUAGCACGCUGGAAGCAAAUCGAAGACCGAAGAAUAACCGCCGAGUUUCGCUCAAACAACGCCAAGAUAAACAGCUCUAUUCUCGGAAGAAAGAUCGUGAGCGUCCUGCUACCCCUAGAACAGAUGAGGAGGAUGUAGGUGACGUGGUGGAGAACCCUCAGCAAUGGUUGCGCCUUUCUCGACAGCCGGCCCAUGUUCCACCCCAGAUCCUUGAUGACCCUGACGAGUUACCGCCAGUUGCACCAGGUCAGACUGACCUUGACAUACUGGUUGCGAAUUACUCCAUUUCAGAUGUUGCUCGUUCCGUCCACGACGAAAUUGUGGCAGCCGUCCAACAUGCUCGUACCGCAAAUGGUUCGGCCAACACGGAUGUUCUCUCCGAUCCUCAUACUGGAACGGCCAAGAGCUAUGCCCGGGUUGGCUUGUUCCGGCAGUUUCUUAUUCUGUCUCAGCGAACUUGGCGGAACCUGUACCGGAAUCCUAUGUUGAUGUUAACUCACUAUGCUAUCUCUAUUCUGCUCGCUGUGCUGUGCGGAUACCUAUUUUAUGGAUUAACAGACGAUAUCAAGGGUUUUCAAAACCGCCUUGGUCUAUUCUUCUUCGUUCUCGCCUUGUUCGGGUUCAGUACACUUACUAGUCUUACGGUUUUCUCAGCGGAGCGACUCUUGUUUGUCCGUGAACGGGCCAAUGGCUACUACCACCCCGUUACGUACUUCGCGGCCAAGGUGGUAUUCGACAUCGUGCCUCUGCGACUACUUCCCCCGGUGAUAAUGGGAAUCAUCGUGUAUCCCAUGACCGGACUGAUCCCGGCAUGGCCGGAGUUUCUCCGAUUUAUCUUGGUGCUUGUCCUCUUCAACCUGGCAGCUGCCAACAUCUGCCUUUUCAUUGGCAUCGUCUUCCGCGACGGAGGAGUGGCCAACUUGAUUGGCAGCUUGGUGAUGCUGUUCAGUCUGUUAUUCGCCGGUCUGCUCCUCAAUCACGACGCAAUCCCCAAGUCCGCUUUGUGGUUACAAACCCUGUCCAUAUUCCACUACGGCUUUGAGGCCUUGAUUGUCAAUGAAGUGACGUUCCUUACGUUGAUCGAUCACAAGUAUGGACUGGAUAUUGAGGUUCCGGGGGCUUCCAUUUUGAGCGCCUUUGGGUUUGAUACGUUGGCAUUUUGGAAGGAUGUCAUUGGAUUAGGUAUAAUAUCUGGGGCGUUCAUUGUGAUUGCCUACGGAGCGAUGCAUGUUUUCCUUGUUGAGAAACGGUAA